CCCUUUCUAGGCAAGUACAUUUUCGUCAUUUCACACAGCCCCAACCAAAUCGUCUCCUUUCCUUUCUGUUCUGUGUUGUCAGUCGUCACUUUCCUUCUUUUCCCCAAAACAAUGGCGACUGGUUUGAUCCGGCGAGCGAUUUCCGGCUCUAGGGUUCCUUCCUCGUCGUCGGCGAGGCUAGUCCUCGCUCGACUCCACGCCAGUGAGGCCGAGGCGCAGAAGGUGGAGCCCACGGCAUCCGGGAGCAAGAAUCUCAAGACGUUCCAAAUCUACCGGUGGAACCCGGACAAUCCGUCUAAGCCCCAGCUCCAGGACUACCAGAUCGAUCUCAAGGAAUGCGGUCCUAUGGUUCUCGAUGCCCUCAUCAAGAUCAAGAACGAGAUUGACCCGACCCUGACUUUCCGCAGAUCUUGCCGGGAAGGAAUUUGCGGGUCCUGUGCUAUGAAUAUCGACGGAUGCAAUGGCCUCGCCUGCCUCACUAAGAUCCCGUCGGGAACGGAGUCGACGAUCACGCCGUUGCCCCACAUGUUUGUCAUUAAGGAUCUUGUGGUGGACAUGACCAACUUUUAUAACCAGUAUAAGAGCAUCGAGCCUUGGCUCAAGAGAAAGAAUCCGCCAGAGACAGCUGGGAAGGAGAUUCUUCAGAGCAAGAAAGAUAGAGCCAAGUUGGAUGGAAUGUACGAGUGCAUACUCUGCGCUUGCUGCAGUACAUCCUGCCCGAGCUACUGGUGGAAUCCUGAGUCUUAUCUGGGUCCUGCUGCUUUGCUGCAUGCUAACAGAUGGAUAAGCGACAGCCGUGAUGAAUUUACCAAGGAGCGACUGGAAGCAAUAAACCAUGAGUUUAAGCUAUACCGUUGUCACACCAUAUUGAACUGCGCUCGUGCUUGCCCAAAGGGGCUGAACCCAGGAAAGCAAAUCACACAUAUCAAGCAGCUUCAGCUGACAGGUGGUGUUUAAGGUUUCUAGGUCUUUGAAUGAAGCAUCAUGUUCUUCACCUAACCAGUUAUUCUGGAAUUUUUGGUGGGGAAGGACUUGUCACCAAUUUGCUUGGAGUUAAUAAUCUGUGCAAUAAUUGUAUUCUCCUUCCAUAUUGUACUUUGGUUUUGUUUUCCAAAUAAAUCUCAAUGGUCAAUCGCAUUAAGUUCAUAAAUGACUUUAACAUGGCCGAUUGUUGUUGAAUCUUACUGUCCCUAACUCGUUAUCAUAUUUAACUCUCAGACGGGAUAUAAAUCAGUCAGAAUCUU